AUGGGCAGUAUUGAGAGGAAAUUGAAGAUCUAUCGCCGAUCGAUGGCAAAGAUCUGCAUCAACAAGUACAGUGUCACCUGUUUGAAGCUGGAAAUCGUAUCCUUCCUGGAGCGGAUAUCGGACCAGUCCGAGUACAACCUGAUGUCCGGAGUGAGCGUGGUACGGGACUCGGAUUCGAAUGUGACAAAGACGGCAGAAAUUAUUGCCGAGGUGUCCAGGAUUUUUCCCAAGGACCCGAACAAAAGACUGGAUGAGUUUUUGAUCGUAAAGUUGAACGAUUAUUUGAAAAGUCACUCGCUGCGGUUGAAGCUGAUGGACGGGGAAGCCAUGGAGAAGGCACGGGAUUUGUUCGAGGGUCGCAAGGGGAAGAAGGGCAAGAAGGGUGGACUGGAGGCGAUGAUUGCCGCUGCUAUGAUGAUGAAAGUUAAUAACAAUACCACUCGUUGCCUAUUCACCGGUUUCGAGAACUAUGCCGAUAAUGCCAAACUGUUGCUGAUCUAG